GGAGUAUGCCGGGACGUUCCUGUCGUAGCUGGCCGGACACACCCCUCGUCUGCUAACCCUUCUUUACCAUCCCUCCCCAAUGCCUGUGGGUCUGAGCGUGGGUGGGGCUCUCGGGGGCCCCUCUCUCACACAGCGUUUCCGUCCCAGCCGUUACGUGCCUGUCUCUGCAGCGACCACCUUCCUGGUGGGGUCCACGACCCUCUUCCUGUGCUUCACGUGUCCUUGGCUGGCAGAGCGUUUCUCCUCCUUCAUUCCCAUCUACAAUGUCGUGGUCUUCCUUUUCACGCUGGCCAACUUCUCCAUGGCCACGUUUAUGGACCCCGGGAUCUUCCCCAGAGCUGAGGAGGAUGAAGAUAAGGAGGACGAUUUCAGAGCUCCUCUCUAUAAGACGGUGGAGGUGAGGGGUAUUCAGGUGCGUAUGAAGUGGUGCUCCACCUGCCGCUUCUACAGACCGCCCCGCUGCUCACACUGCUCCGUGUGUGACAACUGUGUGGAGGACUUCGACCAUCACUGCCCGUGGGUGAAUAACUGCAUCGGGCGGAGGAACUACCGCUACUUCUUCCUGUUCCUCCUGUCUCUGACCGUGCACAUCAUGGCCGUGUUUGGGUUCAGCCUGCUCUUCAUCCUCCACCACACCGAGAGGCUGGACGAGGUCCCGGCUGUCCUCACUAUGACAGUGAUGUGUAUUUCUGGUCUGUUCUUCGUCCCAGUGGCAGGACUCACUGGAUUCCACGUGGUGCUGGUGGCCAGAGGGAGAACCACCAACGAGCAGGUUACAGGGAAGUUCAGAGGUGGUGUGAACCCCUUCACUCAUGGAUGCUGGAGGAACGUUUCUCAUGUGCUCUGCAGCUCUCAGGCACCAAGAUAUAUGGGAUGGUCACCGCGGCCUCGCUCACUGCAGGUUCAGCCUCCGUUUCUGCGACCUGAAGCACAACUUUCCUCUAAAGUCCUGGAUAACGGCAUCCAACAGUCUAAAAGCAGCCUGGACGGCAUUGAGAGCCCAUCUACUGACUCACCUCCACCACCAGCUCCACCCAAACCCCAGCACAGAUACCAGGGGCUCCACUACACACACACCGAGGAGAGCAGCCUGCUGAAUGAAGCCCCUCCCACACCUGCGCUAUACAAGUAUAGACCAGCCAAUAGCAGCCCAGGAAGAAAUCAUUCCAGCAAGAUGACCCGGGGCGACAGUGUGACCGACUCGCCCUCCACCGCGCGUUCGCCCGGGCACGCCGGCUGCCGCUCGGAUCCCAGCCUGUCGGGCCGGGUGGGUGCAGGGUGGCGAGGGGCAGGGGAGGGGGGCAGGUCGGGCUCGGGCGGGUUGGGCGGCUCCUCCGCUCUCGGCGGCCGCUCCUACGCCUCGUUCACGGACACGCUUCUCCAGUCGGCGGUGGCGUCCUGCUCGUCCAGCGUCCGUUCUGCCCAGACGACCCACAACGCACUGGGGCCGCUCCUCUCGGAGGACACCACCUCCACCAGCUACAAGAGCCUGGCCAAUCAGACGCGCGACGGCAGCCUGUCCUACGACAGCCUGCUGACGCCCUCCGAGAGCCCCGAGUUCGAAUCGGCCGCGCCCGAGCUGUCUCCGCCCAGGCCGUGCCCUCCACGGACGCUCCUCACCGCCCCGGCGCCGGCCCCGCCCCUGACGGGUUACACCUCGCCCUUCCUGUCCGCCCAGCAGCGCGAGGGCUCGCUCCAGGCCUGUCCUGCCCCCCUGAGACCCUCCCCCAACAGACCUUUCCUGCGCCCCACCAGCCCGCCACCUUCCCGAGCUCCGCCCCUGUCUCCUCGCGCCCGCUCGCUGGGCCCCCCGCCUCCUGACCUGGGCCCCGGGAACGCUCUAAUGGGCAAAUCGGCUUCCUACGCGGGGGCAGCGGAGACACGGCAGUGCCCGAAUAACACGGGGGGCGGAGCUUCGGUGCCAAACUCCACGUCUAGACAGAGAGCGACCAAUCACAGCGCCCACCUGCACAAAGCCACCGGUGGGGUGAAGAAAGUGAGCGGCGUGGGAGGAACCACCUAUGAGAUUUCAGUAUGAACCUCUUUUGUAUUUGGGGGGGGGGUCUGUCCGGGGAGCGGGACGGGGUGCACGUCAUCCAACAGAGCCCAAAAAAACACCAACUCAUCCAGACUCAUCAGACGUGCAUCCCUGAAGAGAGAACUCUGAGACGCCAGGUGUGUCUUACUCUCCGGGGGUAAUGCUCAUUCCUCUCAUGGCCAGCAGGGGGUGUGAGGGAGUGUUUCCUGCUCCCAACAGACUCCGGACGUCUUUUAUUUCAUGAUUUUUUAAUGUUUUGCUUUAUACAGACACAGAAUAUCGAACGCUGUAUAAAACACCUUUCAUAGGAACACCAGUCAGUAACGGUAGCACACAAAGUUUAGCUUUAUGUUGGAUGUAAUCGCGGCUGCAUCAGCCGGUCAGAGGCGCGUGUAGUCGGGGUGUAACAGGACCGAAUGUGGCGUCUGAUAUACGAGUCGAACAUCCGCCAACACUAUCAGUCGGCUGGGCGCCCUCUAGCGGCCACAGUUAGCAGUGCAGCAGAGAAAAUCAUCCACGAGUCUGCUGGCUGGGAAAAGACGGGACUAAAAAGUGGGCGGGGUCUUCGAUGCUGUGUAAGGACCCUGGUUAAUAGGGAUCAGAACGUGGAGAUCAGUGCGUGACUCUACAUACGCGAGACCGAGCUCACGCACCGAUCCACCGAAGUACGGGCGAAUAAGAAGGGAGGGCGUGUCAGGAGAGUAUACCCUCCUCGUACAAAAUCAGGGUCUCCAGCAGAGGGAGAGGAACUGGCUACGACUAAACUGGGAGAAAAAGUGCAGAAAUAAAAUAAUUCAGAGUUAAAAAUCUACCUUAGAUUCCCAAAAGUAUCUGGACAUCCGUAAGCAUUAAUAUGACGAGCUUCCAAUAUUCGAUUUUUAACUGUCUGUCUCCCAGUCGACGUUCCAGUUCAUCCCAAAGGUUCUUUACGGGGGUUCUGUGCGGGUCACUGGAGCUCCUGCAAACUGUCCUCAUGAAGCUCGUUUAAUUCAAAUGUUUAGACGAAUUCAACCGAUUCAAUCCUCAGCCUCCCAAUGAGGGGGUUCCUCAUCACUGCUGCAGUUAUGCCCUCUGCUGGCUGAUCGAUGGUGCUGCACAGAGACCCUCGCCCAGUUUAUUUAAGCAUUAGGUUUAUUUUUUAUUAUUAUUAUUUUAAGGUCUGAGGAUCCAUGACUGAUCAGUUUAAUACAAAAGCUUUAAACAAGUAUGAUGUUUUAUUUUAUUUUAUUAUGAAUGACUUUGACUCGUCUGUAUUCCUUUAAUAACACGAGCCGUCACGUGUCAGACAGAACAAUAAAUAAUCCAACACCGA